GAGGCGGGGCUUGAAAGUUGACCCUUUGCAGAGCAGCAUGGCGGCAGCAUUGAGGAGCCUGAAGGGCAUGGUUGGCUUUGUAACCGGUGGGGCUUCUGGACUGGGCCGUGCCACAGUGGAACGAUUAAUACAACAGGGAGGCAGUGCUGCGAUUGUGGACCUGCCAACGUCUGAUGGCGAAAGCGUGGCCAAAUCACUGGGAGACAGAUGCAUCUUUACUCCAGCUGAUGUGACAUCAGAAUUAGAUGUGAAGGCUGCACUCACCACAGCAAAGGAGAAAUUUGGACAUAUAGAUAUGGGAGUGAACUGUGCUGGGAUUGCAGUGGCAUUCAAGACAUACAAUGUGCAUAAAGAUCAUUGUCAUAGUUUGGAGGACUUCCAUAGAGUCAUCAAUGUCAAUGUUGUUGGGACAUUCAAUGUGAUUCGUCUGGUUGCAAGUGUGAUGAGUAAAAACGAGCCAAACUCAGAUGGACAGAGAGGAGUAAUUAUCAACACUGCCAGCGUGGCUGCCUAUGAUGGCCAGGUGGGACAGGCUGCCUAUUCGGCUUCCAAAGGAGGCAUUGUAUCAAUGACCCUGCCCAUCGCCCGAGAUCUUGCCCCUCUUGGCAUUCGUGUUGUUACCAUUGCACCAGGGCUCUUUGAGACACCUCUACUGGGGACACUUCCUGAAAAAGUUCGGACAUUCCUGUCACGGCAGGUGCCUUUCCCAAGUCGCCUUGGGGCUCCAGAAGAAUAUGCUCAUCUGGUACAAUGCAUAGCGGAGAAUCCUAUGCUAAAUGGUGAAGUAAUACGGCUUGACGGGGCUAUCCGAAUGCAGCCCUGAGCCAUAGCCCAAGCCUGCGAGAAAAAAAAGGAUGUUCUCCUUGGAUCAUAAUCACAGAACUGAAAUCAAGGUUGGCAAAAGAAAUGAUUAACAUCUGACUCUAAAUAAAUCACUGAUCAGA